UUAGGACCAGUCUAAUGAAACCAAAACAUGUUGAUGUGUGCACUGGGCAGGCUUAGUUUCCUAAAUUAACUUUGUUAUUUGAUAUAUUUAUAUGUAUGACCACUGGGGUCAGCUGUUAUUCGACGGAGCAGCAGUUACGGCACCAGAAACUUCGAGAUGUUGUUUCGCGCCUUUAUAGUGCUGGCGCUCGCGUGCACCCUGAGCACGUGCCAGCUCCAAUCUGGACCGUUACAUGACGAGCUCCUGACAGAAGAAGACCGGGGUUUUUGCAGAGAUGGUUUAGAGAUACGUUACCCAGAUGUGGACAUUCGUUCCUGUAUGAUCAUCCCUCAGGAAUUCAGAGAGAAGAUAAGUCAAGAAUGGGGACCUCCACAGGUUCGGGUGGCCACGGCUAGCAAGAAGAAGAAAUACACGUUGAUAAUGGUGGACCCUGAUGCCCCCAGCCGUACUAACCCUUCUCGAGCCAACUGGAGGCACUGGCUGCUGGCUGAUAUUGAAGGAAGCUCACUCAUAGCAGGAGACAUUAAAGGCAGGUUGCUGUCUGAAUACACUCGUCCCACACCUCCUAAGCGUACUGGCUUUCAUCGUUAUCAGUUCCUCCUGUACGAGCAGAACACAGACCAGGUGCUGUCUCUUAGCCAACAAGAACAGCAGUCUCUGGGAAACUGGGAUCCUCAAGCGUUUGUGGAGAAGUUUGAACUUGUUGGUCCUGUGGCCUCGCUCCAGUUCCUUACUCAACACUUUAAAGAUUAGAUGACGCCAUAUACCUGAAUUGGAUCUUACACCUUAUGCAACUGUUCUACAAUCAGGGAAAGCUCAUUAAAAGUAAAACUUGUACUCA